UUCAAGGUACGGAUUGCGUUUUCGUCUUUUAUCUAGUUGGUCUUGACCGGUUCCGAUCUUCAAACGGCGUCUGCAGACAUGUUCUUCACUUUGAGUAGCUCCCUAGUCAUCCUUCUAUUUGAUUUAACAUCAUCGUUCAACCAUGAUAAAUCUCCCUUUGAAGAAGUGAAGAGAUACAUCGGAGAGUAUGAAAAGGGAAUAGAACAACUGAAAUAUUCUUCUGGAAAAUAUGCCCGUCACGAAGAAUAUGCAGAAUACGAUAGAUCUAAGUUCAACGAAACUGAUAUUAAUGCAGAUGGAAAGGAGUUCGACUUCAUCAUAGUAGGUGGUGGCACAUCAGGCUCCGUUUUGGCAAACCGUCUGUCCGAAGUGCCCGAGUGGAAGAUACUUCUUCUAGAAGCUGGCGAUGAAGAAGAUGACAUCACAAUUAUACCUGGUAAUGUUCAUCACCUACUCCAGUCGAAAUUCAACUAUGGAUAUAAGACGACUCCUCAAACGACCUGGUGCCAAGGAAACAAAGAUCACAAAUGCGUCAUAGAAAGUGGCAAAGCUCUGGGAGGAUCAACAGUCAUCAAUGGAAUGUUAUACACAAGAGGCAAUACAAGAGAUUUCGAUAAAUGGGCAGAUCAAGGCAAUAAGGGAUGGUGCUAUGAAGAGCUGCUUCCGUACUUCAAAAAAAUGGAAGAUAUAUGCCUAAAACAUUUCGACAGAAAAUAUCAUGGCAUGGGUGGUAACAUCCAUUUGGAGAAUUCCCAACAUAAGCAAUCACUUACAGGUUCUAUUCUAUCAGCUGCUAAAGAAAUGCACUUUCCGUUCGUUGACUACAAUGGGAAGGAUCAACUGGGGAUUGGUUUUGCUCAAGGAACUACCAAAAACGGUAAGAGAUGGAGUGCUGCAAGAGGAUACCUAGAAGAAGCUAAGCAUAGAGAAAAUCUUGUUAUCGAGCAAAAUAGCAAAGUUCUGAAAGUAUUAAUUAGUUCCCAUACCAAAGAGGCCUACGGAGUAUUGUAUCUACAAGAAGGGGAUUUGCAUGUAGCUAAAGCAACCAAAGAUAUAAUUCUUUCAGCUGGAGCUCUGCAUACUCCUCAGAUACUACUGCUAUCAGGAAUAGGACCAUCUGAAGAUCUGAACAAACUUGGGAUUGAAGUGUUAUCCGAUUUGAAAGUAGGGCAUAAUCUUAAAGACCACCUGGGUUUUUCGGGUCUCCGUGUAAUCUUCAACAAAACGUCUGUUAUGGAACAAAACGAAAGAGAAAACCUCGUUGAGUACCUGAAAGAAGGCAAAGGGCCGAUGGCUAAACUGUUCACAGACCUAAUAGCCUACGUCAAAACAGAAGAAUCAAAGGAUAAAGGAAACUACCCAGACGUGGAGCUCCUUUUCGUACCAUACGAGCAUAAAACGAAAGAAAAAGAAAAUUGGCGUCAGGCAUUAUCCAUCGCCGUCGUCCACCUGCAUCCCAAGUCCACAGGAAAAGUACAGAUCGACUGCAAAGAUCCACUCCAGCCCCCAAUCAUCGAUUUGAAUUUAUUAUCAGACGAAGACGACCACGACAUCAACACCGUCUUAGCAGGUUUGAGACUAGCGCAGAAAUUCGCCAAAACCACGGCCUUCAAGAAACUAGGAGCUUACCUCGAUGCAGAAUGCGCGCCAGAGUGCGACAACCUCUACGAGUUUGACACGGACGAUUUUUGGAAGUGCGCCAUCAGGCAUCAGGGUAGAAGUUUGAGGCACGUUACCGGUACCUCAAAGAUGGGGCCGGCAAAUGAAAAGGGGGCUGUGGUAGACAACAAGUUGAACGUUUAUGGUGUCAACAACUUGAGAGUGGUGGAUGCUAGCGUGGUUCCAGUUUCGAUAAGCGGACACACAAUGGCAGUAUCGUAUCUAGUUGGAGAGAAGGGAGCUGAUUUGAUAAAAGACUUUUGGAAUUGAAUAUGUGUAGUUGUGAGAUUAAAACUUCAGUUGAAUUGUU